AUGUCUGCUGGUUGGAUAAUCUUGUCCACUGUUUGGGACUUUGCCAAUGUACAAGCGACCUUGAACAUAAUAAUAAGUCUCCUAGGUACUAUCGGAAUUUGGACCUUUUCCCGAUUUUGGUAUCAACACGGCAGCGCAAAAAUCCUUCGGCGUGAUGGUGUGCCGCUUGCCUUUUUAUUCACCUUUACCACUCUGGGAGAAGCCUGGGAUGUCGCCUACCUACUUAAGAGCAACCUCUUCAAACCACAAUUCUUGACGCUUCUUGCGCAAGGCAUUGUAGUUCUCUUAGUGACUGCCAUGACGGUGCUGGCCGGACCCAUUGCGAGAUACUCGCUAAAAUCAGAUACCAUUAUCAGGUCAUCACAGCUGCUUGGGCUUGCCGCUGCAAAUGGGGGCGGCCCAAGUCAGUCUCUUGUCUCAGCAAACGUGUUGUGGAAUGCCACAAUAGACAGCCUUGCUUCGGCCAACUUCCCAACCGACCAGCUUCUAGAUUUCCUUCCGCCGAAUGAGAAGCCUUGGGUGUAUGAGGAUAGAGAAUGGAAUUCCACAUGGGCAGCGGACUGCGUUAGCACGGAUGAAACGGUGCUGAACAUUACUGGCAACUCUAAUUACACUAUUGUCGACCCGGUGAGGGCAUUCCCGGCCUUUGGAGCAACCUUUGACCCAAGCCAACUGAAUUCCCCAGAAUACCGAUAUUCAGUUGAUUUCUGUGGCUGGGUUCAUUGGGACAAUUCAAGCAGCGGGAUAGCGCACGACAUCACCUUCUUUGUCCUCUUGCAAAGUAACCCCAACAUCGAGAAGCGGAUGGACUAUAAUAACGCCUCCCUCCAUCUCUCGCUAUCAGUUCUCCAUAUCCACAAUGCCUCUCUUGUAAGCACCAACAAUCUCUUCGGAAGUAGGACAACUUGGCGCUCCAAAGGGCAGUUCGGAAAUGCAAGCUACACCAGAAUGGAAUGUACAAUCGCUCGCAGCCGUCCGGUGCCAGACGAGGAUCUUAUCGCCUGGCCCUGGACAAACGACACCGAUUCCAUUGUUAAAGCCUACGCAGACUUCAAUCGCGUCGCCAUCGGCAACGCCGGCGAGAACCACCGCAUCGUUCCUCCACUGCCACCAACAGACAUAUUCCGCUUCUAUCAAGCCUAUCACAUCACCACCUCAACUCAGAAUGAGGUAUGGCUAACUCGUCCGCUUAGCAUCCGUAUCACGGCCGUUGAGCUCUCCACUGCCUUCCUCGUCGUUGCUAUCCUCAUCGUCAUCCUCAUCAUUUUCACGCUUGUGCGUUACACAGUCUUUCUGGUCCGGCACAAGACUUUGCUCAAGGAAUCCAGUAUUCCGGACGCAAAGCUUGACUGGAUGCUGCAUGCCUUUAAGAACUCGCAACAUAUCACGGUGGAUGAAUUGGGCUUGACGGACCGGGAGCAGUUCAAGGCUGCGGCGUACGAACGUGUCAUGUCUGAUGCUAGUGUGAGGGGUAUGGCUCGUGUAUACAGUCGACGAGCAUCGGAGGUCGCACCUGAACCUCAGCAUAGACCAUCGGCUAUGUUUAGUACGAAUGUCUUUGCGGUAGAGCCGAUAGUCGAGGAUGAUAGUGCAGAGGAUACAGAUAAGAUCCUUGCUUUGUCAACUCUAAAUGAUAGAGAGAAGGUUAUUACUGCCGAAACAGUGGUCAAAUGUCUUAUUGAGAACGGAGGACCUGUAGUCGUCGAUGGACAGGAAAAGAAGCCACAAUCCGACUAA